CAACAAGAUGUUAUAUUGACAUCUUUCCAUGGCUGAAUAACUGACUGAGCGAUUAAGAGGCAGGUUAUGAAUUUUGACAAAUGAUUUGAAACGACUGGGACUGAGCUACUGAAGACGCCAUGACUCUGUGUCUAGAGAAAGUAAAAGAAUAUGAUUUCUAUGCUGAUCUGUUUGUAUGGAGACUCAAUAUCACUGUGCACACAUACACACACAUAUAUAUAUAUACAGACUCUCCUCACUAAAGCUUACUGGACUAAGCAAUACCUCUUGGGGUCUGAAGCAAACAACUCUGAACAUGAAAUUGUAUCUGAUACUUGCCUUUGUGGCAUUCACAGGUUGGCAAGCUAAUUUAUCUAAUGCAGAGGAUCCCAAUCCACAUCUUAAACACUUAAUAAAUGCAUUCUGGAACUAUAUUGCCCAAGCAUCCCAGCCGGGACAAGAAGUCAGACUAACAGAGACUCUUCAAUCUGAAGAUCAGAUGACCAAAAUCACCAAGGAGGCUGAGGUGUUGAGGAAGCGUUUGGAAAAGGACCUGAACAUCAUAAAAGACAAACUAGAGCCCUAUGCUGACAACCUCAAGAGCCAGAUCCAGGAGAGAAUGGAGGAGCUCAGGACAGCCAUGGCUCCAUAUGCAGACUCCCUGGAUUCUGAGACUCUGAAGGCCACUCUGCUUCAGAAGAGCGAGGAGCUCCAAGGAAACCUGGAGCAGAGCGUGAAGGAGCUGCAGGCUCAGCUGGAGCCCUACACUGCUGACAUCAAGGAGAAAGUGGACCAAUAUCUGAAGGAAAUGCAAAAAUCUUUUGCUUCAUCACCUGAAGAUCUCCAAGCUAAUAAUUAAUCUGAUAUAUGGGAGUUCUCUUUCAUAUUUCUCUAUUACAUCAUGAUGUUUCUUGUUUUUCCUUGCUAUUGCAACAAUAAAACAUCUGCCAUCUA